CUUUUCAACAAGCUGAAAAACGCUCAUUGAAUACAAGGGAAAUGAUUUCCAACCAAUUUUGGGGUAUGUGAUUAACACAGCAAGAAGUACAGAGGACUAAAGACACUAAAAGACGUUCAAAGAUUGAUUAAGAAACCUGCGCUUUUUAUUUUUAAUGAGUUAUUCGAUCCAAAAAUAAAAACCAUCGGAAGCGAAAAAUUGUUAAUUUGUCGACAUGUCGAAAUAUGAAGGAAAACUAUCAACUUAUUCAAACAUGGAUUCACUAGUUUGUGUCAUCUAAUACUCGCCAAUUCCAUAGUAUCCGUCAUUUCAAUUUCCGCAACUACUGAUUGGAAAUAGGUUAUCAACGUUGGUGKGCUAUUUGAAUCGAUAUGAUUGGUCGAGGAUUUGUAGCAUUGAUUGGCUAGCUGUUUGAGCAAUAUGUUGGCCGUCCUAAUGAAAUAAAUCCAUCUCGGCAAUUAUUGUUUUCAAUAUUAAAUAAUUGUUACCGCCCGCCACUUAUCUUGAUUGUCACAAGGUGGUUUAAAUGAAGGAAGAAUAAUCUUUCGUAUUGCAAGUCUUUUUACAAAUUGUGGSUUUCUGUUUUAUCAAUACGAGUGAACAAGAAACAUCUUAUUUUCCAAGAGUAUUUGAUGGUAUAAGUUGGUUGCUUGGUGUGGUUUUUGUUCAGUGGUGUGUAAGUCGUCUCUGUGCUCUUGACUCCGACAAGAAAUUAAAGAGCUUUAUGUUAUCAUSUUCAAAGUUUAAGAAAAUUGUGUACAAAUCUUUCUCAAAGAAGGGACAAAAAGUACAAUGGGUGUGUAGUUCAGCUGUUCGYUAUUUACUUUUCUAAAAUCAACAGACUUUUCUAAAURUCAGUGUCCGUCAACAUUGCUACAUUGCAAAGCGAUUAUUAACAAAUGGACAAACUUGAAACUGUGUAAGGAUAAAAGUGAAAUAAGAUCACUAUAAUGAUUUGGGCAUCGCAUUUCUGAUCAACAGUUAUUAGACAAGGCCAAGUAGAAAUAAUUAAUAGGCGUUGGCUCCUGUUCCUUCUGCAAUUGGUUGAUUCAUGCAGCUGGCUUGUUGACGAUGUAAAUCAAGCUUUUGUGGUGUUUGCUACGUAAACAUUGUUAUCAUCCUAGUGAAUGGGUUUCGCAACAAGAAAGAUCAGUUUCAUUAGUUUAUACGGUUCGUUUUUAUUUUCAACUUACCAAACAUUAUUAUGGACUGAGCUCUGAUUACAAAGUAACCCAAGAUAACUCGGAAGAGGAUGCGCGCUUUGAAAGACUUCACAURCCGUCAACAGUCACGUUUUUGACAAGACCACAAGCUUCACCGCUAUAUCGUAACCUUUGACAGUUCAGUCGAUGUCCAAGAAACGUACAGUGUCUUCAGUGAUCGGAAUUAUAACCCAAAAGUUGGGUUAGUUGUUUGUAAAACAUGACGACGGACACCCAGUACAGUGCAUGGGAGAAAACACAACUUGAACACAAGUAUCUUUGGGCUGCUGGUCUCGGUGYUACUAUCUUUUUCACUGUAAUUCCAAACCUGAUGGUCAUUGUAGCAGUAUUAAAAGAUCCYCAUCGUAAUCUAAGACGUUCACCGUCCAACCUGCUUAUCGCUAGUCAAGCCCUUGCUGAUCUAUUUGUUGGYGCGAUAAAAGAACCCUUAUGUAUUUGGUGGCUAAUGACAUUUAAGAACGAUGUUAUAUUUUUAAUUGAAAUAUCAAGCUCUCUGUUCAUGGUAGCUUCCAUUAUACACGUCUUAGCUUUGAGUUACGAUCGCUAUGUCGCCGUGGUAACGCCUCUACAAUAUACAUCUCGCAUAACCGUACGGCGUACAUACRUCAUCAGUGGUUUAAUAUGGUUAUACAGUGCAUUCUAUACAGCUUACCGCACGUUACURCGAGUAUUUUACAACAAGUACCAUGCAGUUGCCUUUGUWACAGGCUUAAACACUGUCUUCCCAGCAUUCAUUGCCGUCUUGAUCUAUUUUUGUCUUUUCCACGUGAUCCGGAAGUACAAGAAAAACUCUCAGAAUCUUGACUCAUCAGGUCGUGCUACCAUGCUUGCGUAUCAGAGACAGCGUAAGAUGACAGUYGUUCUAGUAGCAGCAUUCUUCUUGUUCUUGUUCUGUUUAACACCAUGGUUCGUYUUCUAUCAGGUUAUUGACGCUUGUCCUAACUGCGAGGACAACAAAGCUUUAGAGAUGUACUUGUUCUGUGGGUUUUUUUAUCUUUUUAUGUUCAAAUCRUUACUAAAUCCUUUUCUUUACGCUUGGAGRCUGUCGAAGUUUAGGAAGGCGAUCAAACAGAUGUUGCCAUGUUGUUAUCGAUGCAGCAAUAGAAGAGUCUCAACUAGCAGUACCUCAACCUCGUUUCAAAUCCGAGGAGGAGCCAGCCUUAGACAUAGCAUGGACCCGGAUCCAACCUCAGGGAAACACUGCAUUCUAAAAAUGUGAAGGACAGUAAUAUUCGGCACAUUGUAGGAUAAUUUAACUCUGAUAUUCUACAAUAUUGGACAAAGAAGUGUAAUAUAAUAGCGCUGGAUAAAUAUAAUGGGAAAGUCAUCAUGAUAUUAGAGAUAUUUUGUUUUUGUUACAAUGAAACAAGUACCAGGAAAAGACUGUUUUGUAGCUACCUUAUGUAUGUCUCACGAACUGUACUCUUUCUUGAAAGAAAAGCCAUGCUAGAGUUAAAGUCGAACCCUCAAUCACUUCAAACAGAAAUUCGAUGAAAAAGAUUAAUUGGGGCGAUUCCCCCGAGACAUUCUGUGAAUGAAGCUUAGAAUUGAAAUCGAUUUAUAUUCUGAUAAGAGGUCUCGGUUCUUCCAUGCUAUACCAGAUACUUGACUUAACCUCGGGCUAACUAAAACAAAACAGCGAGGGAGAAGAUAAUCGGCCCCUAGACCAUAGAUGAUUAACCCCUUGCACUUACUAGGCAGCUAUCGAURAAAGUGGUCUAAUAUUAUGUAAAUGACGUGGUCCAUAGGCCCACUCUGUUAAGGCGCUGCGUUUGAAUMAAGYCAACUUGUGGUAGUAGCAUGGGUUCGAAUUCGGAAUAUUGACACUUCUUUACACUACGUUGGCUGGGUAUAUUUGUUCUUCAUUUUUCUUUUUGUUUUUAUUUUGAAGAACUUGACAUGAUUUAUAUACAUUUUAUCUAAUUAUUUCUAAAGACAAAGCUCUUAUGAGUGGUAUCCUUGGGAAGGUCGUUUGUGGAUACCUAUGGCUUUCAUCUUGACUGAACUGGAAUGUGAAAUAAGAUCAACAAACUCGGGAAAAAGAAAAGCUUACGAACAUCAGCUAAAAGCUAAUCUUUGACUUGACCAAGUGCGUCUAAAAUACCUCAUCKUGACGUAAUUGUGUUGUUCUGUGACUUCAAAGGAACAACAGUAAAGCAGUGUGAAAAGCUUUUAAAUUAGCGUUAUAGGAACACCCUUUUCUCUUGAAGACAAUCAGGGCAUCUAAUAAAUGAUAGAGCAGAGUMACAUGAACCAUGAAAUAAGAACUAAAAAGUACUAACUAAUAGGCACUAUUAGUUCCUAAUAGUCAUUAGCACUGAACCAGAACACUUUAUUUGA